AUGAAAGCUUUGGUAAUUUUUAUAAAUAUGCUAUAAUUAGGCAAACAACUUUCAAAUGGAUUUGAAUAAAAAUAGAGCAUCUUUUGAAAAAAGAGGUUAAUUAAUACUAAACUUUAACCUUAAUAAUCAAAAUUGCUAUAAAAAUCCUUACUAGGAUUUUAGAUUUCAACCCUCAAAUCCCUAAAACUCAGCAAUUCAAUAUUAUAAUAAAUUAUUACCUUAUAAGAGUUUUUAUCUAAAUUGCUUAAUAAAGAAAUCUUUAUGUUGUUCCUACCAUCGUUUUACUUAAAUUUAUACAAUUUAUACUCAAAAAUUAUAAAAUCUAAGUUGCUUGUUUAGUGUCCAUUCAAAAGAUCAUGUUUUAAUGAAUAAACUACAGAUCGCCUAUAAAAAAUUUAAACUUCUAUUAGUUCCAAGAAAUAAAUUUCAUUUUUUCCCUUAAGGAUAAUGUAAUCAUAAUGUAACUUUUCAAAACUACCAACAAAUUGCCCACCAAUCAUCCUCCUUGAAAAUUAACCACCCUGCAUUUAUAAUUCCAAAGAUGAGAGUAACAAUCCGCUCCUUAAGACUCGGCUCAAUUUUAUUUAAAUAUAAUUGGAAAUAAAAAGAAGACUAUUAUAAAUGA